GAGGCUUUCUGACAAGGCAGCCAAAUUGACACAGACCAGGCAGAGCUGAAGAGACACAGAAUAAAAGUAUGACUCUGUAAAGAUGAAGAGCAGAUAGGAUGGAGGCAGACAACCAUGACCCCACAGCAGCUGGAGGAGGAGGAGGAGAGUCUGAAACCACAUCUGUAAUACCAAGUGACAAAGUAGGUGAGAUGGAGGAGGGUGCAGCCAAUGCCAAAUGUGAUCCAGUGAAUGGACCUGGUGAUGUUGAACACUCAAAGAAUGAUGACAACGCAACAAUAGAAGGAGAAUAUGAAAUGAAGCCUGUACGAUCUGCAACCACUGAGGAAGAUACCUUAGAUAUGGAUACGAGUGAAAACAUGGAUACGCAGUCAGUGGAGAUUUCUGAAGAGAUCAACAGGAAGGAACAAUAUCAAAGAGAAACCGAAACACUGCUUGGCAGACUUCACCUCCCAGACAAACAUCAACAGAAGUUGUCACCAAUAGAUUUUCUUAAAGUAGGUCCACCCGUGAAACAGGACCAUGGCACAUCUGAGAAAGAUCUCGCUCAUACUUUUCUUCAGCGGUUGAUGAUGUUAGACUACAGAGCCAGAUAUAUUCCUGUAAGACAAGACAGUCCUGAGGUGAGCCAUUCAAAGUCUGUUGCAGAGGUUGACACUGUUGACACAGAUGAGGAUGACUUAGAUGCUCUUUUUAACACCAGUGAAGACUUUGACCAAUCAGAACGAACUCCUGUCCAUCCAAUGGAUGUUCAGAUGGCAGUAUUUCACUGCUCAGACAUCUUUUUUAAGCAGAACAUGAUUACAAAGCUAUCACAAUGUCAGUACGCCAUACCUUUACUUGUUCCUGACCCAGUCACAAUGGAUAUUGGCUGUCCUCUCUGGACAUUUAGACAAAUAAGAAAAACAUGGAAGAUAACUGAAAUCAAAGACAAGUCAAACGCUGUCACCAUGAAGAGUAUGCCCAUCUUCAAAGCUGACACACCCAUGGUGUCAUUUCUCCGCCUGGGUUCACUAUCUCAGUCUAAAUCUCAGCUGAUGAACACUUUGAUCAACGACCGUCACAACACCUACUUCCACAGAAACUGCCCAGGUAGCACCAAGUCUCGACAUCAGAUGGAUGGCGUGGCAGAGAUUGCCUGGUACUGCCCUGCUGGAAAACCCAAUGAUGCCUUCACUGACUGCACUGCCUUCUGUAAUCUUCAUGGUGAUGCUCUGUCGCUUGAAAAACAGCGUGACAUCCUGACUAACAAAUCGUCAGUCAAUAUCGUUCUUGUACCAACUCUGGAAAGAGGUAAAGAAAGUAUUACAGUUAUCUCAUUGCUGAUAAUGAUCGCGGUGCUGUCGGUCAAAGGGAAAGAGGGAAAGUACAAAAUGGGUCUGAAGGACAGAAGCCAUUCAAAUGUUUCUGAAGAACUGAAAAAAAUCAUUGGAAAAAGUCUGACUGGACCACAUGCAUCCUUCCAGCUUGAAUCCAUGGCUGACGUCUCUGGAAUCAGAGUGGAUGAAGAUGAUGAGGUCUGCCAAAAUGGGAAAUCAGAUGCAAUGAAAAUUGUGAACUUGCUUCAGGGGAAGGAUGUUUCAAAGAUCAAAGAUACAUUUCUCCCUUGUCAAGGUCAACUGUGGCACGAGUGGUGCAGAAUAAACAAAGAACUGUAUCACCUCAAAGGAAACAUUGAGAAGGAGAAAUGUGAAAAGCAACAGGAACUGAAACAUAUACGACAAAAACAACACACUGCUUCCUGUAGUAAAGCGAUGACGUUGUUCAUUGAAAGCCUCUCAUCUUUGCCAUCAACAGACAAAGUCUAUUUCCUGAAAUGGACUCAGAUCUUAAUAGAUGCCCUCUCCACGGACGAUCUCUCUUCAAUUCUCCAAAACUAUGAUGUAAAGUGGACUGAGGUCUUGGCUUUGAAGAAGAAGCAUGUCAAAUCUGAUCUGUUAAAAAUAAAGCAAACUGAGCUUGAUGAAAUAUCAACAAAACUACAGUCAGCAACAUUUGGCUUGGAGCACAUCUUUAGGGAAAUGGGACAGAUCUAUGAAGCCCAUGCAUCUCUGCAGAAAGAAGCAACGAGGGUACAGACUGACUGGUCUAAAUACCCGGCGCUGGCUGCAGAGCUGAUGAUAUCAGGACACCUAAUGGAGCUGAUGGAUGGUGAUGCAGGUCACGUACCUUUAACAUGGAUCUCUAGUCUUUUAGAUGAAGUCAUCAAGAAACUGGGCGACAAGAGAGUUUUUGUUUUGUCAGUUUUAGGCGUACAAAGCAGUGGAAAAUCAACAAUGCUGAAUGCCAUGUUUGGGUUACAGUUUGCAGUGAGUGCUGGCAGGUGCACCAAGGGUGCCUUCAUGCAGCUGGUCAAAGUGUCAGAGGAGAUCAAGAGAGGCUUUCAGUUUGACUACGUCUUAGUGGUGGACACUGAAGGACUGCGUGCUCUCGAGUUGGAAGGUAACGCCACUCUUCACCACGACAAUGAACUGGCAACAUUUGUUGUUGGUCUGGGAAACAUGACACUGAUCAACAUCUUUGGAGAGAAUCCUGCUGAGAUGCAAGAUGUUCUGCAGAUUGUUGUUCAGGCUUUCAUGAGGAUGAAGAAAAUUAAACUUUCUCCAAGUUGCGUGUUCGUUCACCAGAAUGUUACCGAUAUUGCAGCUGCGGAGAAAAACAUGGAUGGAAAGAGACGGCUGCAAGAAAAACUGGACCAGAUGGCUCAACUAGCAGCCAAAGAGGAGGGUUGUGAUGCUGAGUGCUUCAGUGACGUCAUUGCAUUUGAUGUGCAGAAAGAUGUGAAAUACUUUGCUCAACUAUGGGAGGGAAGUCCACCUAUGGCUCCUCCAAAUCCAGGUUAUAGUGAGAGUGUCCAAGAGCUGAAGACCAUCAUCCUCUCUAAAGCUUCACAGUCUGCUGGGAUUACUCUCUCACAGCUCAAAAGCAAAGUCCAGGACCUGUGGAAAGCUCUAAUGAAUGAACACUUUGUUUUCAGUUUCAAAAACACACUUGAAAUCACAGUGUACAGAAAGCUUGAGGUCCAGUAUGGGAACUGGAUCUGGGCCCUGAGGAGCAACAUGUUGACCAUUGAGAAUGGGCUUCAUACCCAAAUUGAAAAUGGAAGACUUGACAAGGUCGAGACCAAUUAUCUUCACAAAGAAAUGAGCAAAACCUAUGGAGAGAUCAAAAAAGCAAUGACGACAUACUUUGAUGAUGACAGAGACAAAGAAAUGUUGGUUCAGUGGCGAGGACGAUUUGAAAACAAAAUAAAGGAGUUUAAUGAAGAGCAAGUGAGAGGCGUGAAAAGAAAACUGGAUGACGUCAUCCAGCAGAAGAAUGCUUGUAAAAAGCUAGAUGAUAAGAAGACAGACUUUGAGAACCAGCUGCUAGAAAAGAGCAAAGAGCUCGCUCAUCGGUUGAAAGACAAGACAAAAGAUGAAAAUGAACUUAAAAAGCACUUCAACUCUGUGUGGAGUGGCUGGGUUCAUGAACUAACUGCAGAUACAAAACCUAUUGAGGACAUCAGCUAUAAAGGAGAUCAAUCAAUUAUCCUUCAGGAGCUAGGUUUUGAUUGGGCUUGCAUAGCUGAAUGCGAAAGCAGUGGCAGAUUCAAAAGAUUAUCAGAGGUUGGUGAUUACGCUCAUUAUGUGUCUCCCGCCAAGCACCAAGAAGUCUUAGAUACAAGCCAACCAUCCAGAGGUGAUGAGAGGGAAAACACAAACACAAACACAAAAGGGCAAGGAAGUUCUUCAUUGUCAAAUGCAUGGAUGUCUUUUAAAACCAUACUUGGAUUUGGGUCAACACAAAAAAUUGAAAAAGAUACAUCAAGGAGCUUGUUAGCAAAUGACAAACAGAAGCUGAUCAGAGACCUCAUUGACAGUGUUGAACAACAGACCAAAGACAUAAUUAAGAAAAAACCUGUCGCUAGAAGAGGCUACAGUCCGGCUUACUUGCAAGAAGUGGCCAAGAAUGUAAUAAAACAAGUGACAGAAUUUGAAUCAAGGAGGAAAUAUGCUCUGAAGAAGGAGUUUACAGUUGAUCUCAUACUGUAUGUAUUUGACCGAGCAGGGAGAUGGCUUUCAGAGUCCCACAAGAAAUUCCAAGGGAAAAAUGAUGCACUCACUUACGUAGAAAGCAAGAAAAUGCAAUAUUACAACAUUUUCAGAAGCCUCUGCAAAGGAAACUCUUCUGCUGUUGUGCUUGGAGAGCUGAUCUGUGAGAAACUGAGGAGCUCCACUGUUGAGGCCGUCUGUAACAAGGCUGCCAUUGAGCUGGCUGGAGAGAUGAGGUGCACUUUCCCAGCAUUCAGUGGGAACAGGUUGAACUUGGAGAAACACGUGUUGAAGUCGCUCGCAGAGAAAGAGGACUUUGAUGGUUUUAUCACCUACAUCCGACGCCCGAGGAGACAAGUAGAGACCUUUAUAAAAGAGGAAGCACACAAAUACAUCUUCACAGACAACAAAGUUAAAGCACGGAACAUACUGAAGAAAAAUGUUGAAGACAUCAAAAAUCUUGUGGGUCGAGCUUUAUUUGAUGCAACAGAGAAAGUCAAAACCAAGAAGGGAGACCCUGACAUGUGGGUGGAGGAAUUUUCCGGUUUGCUAAAAGAUAAGCUAACAUUCGGCACCAUCUGUUGUCAAAACUUCAGUGACUUAAAAGGUUUUGACUUUCUCAAAGAAGAGAUCGAGAAAGGUCUUGUAUCCAUCAUAGAGAAGAUGAGCAGCCUCUCGUUGGAUAAGAUGGAGAAAUUCAGGAUGAAACCUGAUCAAAUCCUCAUUGAUCAGCUGUGUAACUGCUGCUGGGUGAGGUGCCCAUUCUGUGCAGCUGUUUGUACCAACACACUGGAAAAUCACAGUCCUGACAAACACAAUGUCCCAUUUCAUCGACCUGCUGGGGUCGACGGUUUUUCCACGAGAGGAACAGUGAACAUGGUCAUCGAUUUCUGCACGACAUUAGUCGCAAGUGAUAGAAGUUUCUAUCCCAAUCGUGAUUCAGAAGAGAGCUUUCCUUAUAAAGAGUUUCAGAGAGCUGGGGAGGAUUGUGCUUCAUGGGAAAUUACUCCUGAUUCAUCUAAACUGACAUACUGGAAAUGGUUUGUGUGUCGAUUUGAAAAGCAACUGCAAGACCACUAUAAAUUACAAUUCCAGGGCGGAGGAGAAAUUCCCAGUGAGUGGAGAGACCAUAGUAAACAAGAUGCGAUUGACAGUCUGGAUGAAAUGUACAACGUAGAGUGAGCCAGAAACAACCGAGCUCUACUCAGAGUAACAGAAGCCCAAAGUGUCUUUAACGGUUCAAAAGAUUUUGAUUUGAUUGAAGGAGUGCAACAGUGAUAAUAAUGAGGAUGAAGCCUUCCCAAAAUGAGUGAAAGAGCACCGGUUUAAUAUUACAUCAUUAUGCAUUCUUGUUUUAUGUAGAGAGUGAGUUGCAGUAGCCUAUGAGUAAAGAUUCCUGAAAAUGCAGUGUCUGUUGGAUGAUUGUAGAAUGUAUGAGACAGACCAGAAUUAGUCAAUUGGAACAAUUUUUUUAUUUUAUCUAACAAGAUGAAAAAUUCAAAGAAAGAAUGAAGGAGGAACCAUAAAAAAGAACAUUCAGGGUGGUGAUUGACUAAAAUGAUUACUGCAGAGAGAAACUUUUUACAUCCACCAAAUGAAGGCCACAACAUAUCCAGGACUAAAUGAAGAAACUGAUUUUAGUCCGUUCUUGUAGUGGCUCUUAUGCAUGUGGUCUGGUACUGUUGCCAUAAAUGGUUAUAUAUCAUAUAUCAUUCUCUGCUUUCUUGACAUCCUGUAGAGCCAUCUAGUGACCACAUUUUGCACUUGUCACCUGAGAGUUUAUUGGCCUCUUGCUCAGGUGUUUGCAUUUAUCAAUUGUCUGUGUACUCACAAAAGGGAAAGCUGUGUGCUGAGGGUUCCACCCUGAAGAAGGCUGUUUGUGCCACUACGUGUGGGUUGUUACCCAGCUCUAUCUGAACAUGUACCAGCAUUGUUUUUAGCAUUUCAUCAUAAAAUAGCCAUUUGAAUAAGGGCUUUUUAUUUUUUGCCAGAAGAGUGCCUUGGACUCCCCCUUUUCUGAACCGUUGUUUAGCCCACCAAAGAGCAGCUUCAUCACACUGAUUUGAACUUCCGAGCACUCUGGACUUUUUCCCUUUUUUGAAGGAAUGAGAUAUUGUCAGAUAUUAUGGAGAUACUUUCAUUCCUCUGUGAUCAAAAUGUGAUCAAACAAAAAUCACAUGAAACUGUUCUAAGUUGUAUGCUUUAAAAAAAAUCUGUGUAAAAUAGUUAUGAGAUAUUCGUCCAAAUGUGUGAUUGUUUCAAUACAAGAUGCAUGACAAUCUUCUUACAUUAUUUUGUUGUUGUUGUAGUCAGUUGUUAUUUUUGAGAAUUUGAUGGAUUUUGGUUUAUCUCCCUCAUGUACUUGAAGUAUUCAACAAUUUAUACUUCAUCUCAUUUUAAAUGAUCUUAUUACUGUCACUUACUCCUGCCCUUAUUGUAAUUUGUUUUGUUGUUUGAUUAAUAAUAGACUCCUGUCAUUGCUACAGAAUAUUGAUUUCCAUAAUUUCAUAAUAAACUUUGUGAAAAAGAAAUACUGUAUUUAAAAUUUACAAGUAAUAAAUAGACCCUUCACACAGUCA